AUGGGUGCACUCGAAGGUAUGAACCAAACAGCCAUUCACCAUUUAAUAUCAAACGUAUACACAGAGCUCGUGAAUCUCUUUCCUUCAUUCGCUGCCUCUUGUUGUCCAGUGUCGACCGAAACUAAUUCUGUGCAAUGGUCCUGGAACAUGCAUUCCUGUAUGCUUUGUGGCGCUUUUGCUUCGGGUACUUGGACUACAUUCAAGUCUAAUAGUCUUUGUUGA